UAAGUGAACUGCCUACAUGCCAAUAUGUCGAUGAAUGUGCUGUCUUACUUACCUAAGGCAAGUUGAGAAUCAUUCCUGCCACCGUUACAGUGCUGCCUAAAAUGGCAUAACCCCACUCUUCGCGUUUCGCUACUUGGGCUUUUUGACGGAGUGCUAUUGCUCACGUACAGCAACGCGUUGAUUUUCACGUAACAGAACAACAUGGCCCCAAGCGAGUUCCUCUGCUUCUUGUCUCUCCCGUUUGAGAUUCGGCGAGAGAUCUACUGGCUUGCCACCCCGCCCCGUAUUGUAAACAUCAAGGAAAAGACGGCCGUCGAGUAUGACGAAUUCGAGGAGACCCUGAGCACGCACCCGGUCCAGCUCCGAAUCCAUCCCGAUAUCCAGUUCUUUCGUGCCAAUUGGGCUGAUGAGAUCAGAAGGCGUAUAGGGGAUGGAUCUCACUUCCGCCAAACAGCCCUAGAGGAGCACGGCUUCACUGGAAGCAAGCCCAUCCAACAGCCUUGGACUCCGUCAGCGCAGUGUCCAGAAAUACCCCCGUCAUGGCUAGCCAACGAGCCAGAGCUCGCGUGGGAGAUCGUCAGGGAGGGCUAUCUGUAUAGCAAGGCCCCGAUACCGCCGCUACUACACACGUGCGCCGAGUCUCGCAGCAUACUGACGCGGGGCGGCUAUCGCCUCGCCUUUGAGACGCGGACGGCCGGACCGCGGACGUGGUUCCACUUUGACAGGGAUACUCUCUUCCUCUCAGAUGUCCCCCUCAAGGACGAGCGCCGGCCCGAUUUGCUAAGCGGAGGCCCGUGGGACGUAGGCCAGUUUGCACCGGCGGAUCUGCGCCGAGUGCGUAGGCUCGCGCUGGAGGGUUCGGCGGAUGCGCUGUCCGACGCGGACAGGAUGCCGAUGUGGGAGAGCGGCGUGUCGGCGACCACAUCGCUGUGUAUCUCUCUGUUGCUGAAAUUGUUGGGGUCCGUCGAGGAACUCUGGUUUGUGGAGUGGACGCGGACUGAAGUGGAGGGUUGGCGGGUGUUUGAACCCUGUUUUCUGUCGUCGUCACUGCGGUGGGAUUUGCCGCUACCGCCGGUGGUGCCAGGUAGCGUUAUUUAUGUGGCGAGGAAGAGUGGUGAUUUCGUCGUCGAGAAUGUUGAGCUUGCUGAUAUGGCGGGGCUGGGUUGUCUAGUUGAAGCUGAGUGGGGGAAUACGUGUAAAGUUCUUCGGUCUGGGUUCGGGGCAUUGCAUUUGGUGAAUUUUAUGGAGAAUCACCGAGAAUCCGGGGCUGGAAUCGGGACCGAGUCGGGGGCGGUAUCUUACAGUGGGUAUAUGGGACGCGUUCAACGGGAAUUUCUCGAGCAGCAGAGAGCCAGAAUGGUCGCCGGUGGCGAGGACUUUGAAGAGACACGGACGUCGGACGGUACGACUGCGGGCUAUUGGAAGAUCCCAGAGGCCAAGCUUGUUCACGUGCUACCGCGAAACAUGAUUGACUAUCUCUACGAAGAACGCCGGAGUAUCGCGGCGGGGUUGAGAGAAUUACAGAUGGAGUGGGCUCAUCUGACGAAGCAGGAGCGUUGCUCAGUGGCCGUGUCUGGCGAAGCUCUGCCCAUUUACGAAAGACGGCGGGCAUUUGAGGACAAACAUUGGCCUCCGAAUUUUUGUUUGCAUGAGGAUUGCCAAGGAACAUGCCAGUAUAGGAACAUGGAGGAUAGGAUCAAGAAGUGGUGGGUGAAGCAUGGGCCAAGUCUGUGAUGUCCCUGGCGAAUUCACUAUAUGAGUUCAGUAAGACGUGUUAGAGGAGGCAAAAAGGAUGGGAAGUAAAUUGAGUACAACUUCAGAAAUUAUGCGCCCAGCGGGUUUCGUUGACUACUGCCGAAUAGUUCGCUAAAAUGCCGUUAUAUGAUAUUAGCAUCAAACUGACUCAUGUAAAACAUGGGGAUCACAAACCGGCAUAGGCUUUGGAGGAGGAAAGCUAAG